AUGUUCACAAGCAUAUCGCGGCCCUUGCGUCCGAUAAGCCACAUAGUGCAAUCAAUGAGAACCUUCCGGUACUUGAAAAAACGUACGUUCUACUGAACAAGUUGCCCUCGCAUGCAAGCAAAACCCAGCAAGAAAUUUUCUUUUCUAUUUACUAACAUCCAUGCAACAGCCCUCCCAACGGUCUAUGAGCCCCUCCCACGCAAGUUGGUGGGCGUGUCCGCGAUGAAGUACGUCCAGGACCACAUGCUCCAGAAACACGAUCCGACGGGCAGGAGAAGAGAAUUGCUCAGCCUGAGCUCGAAAGGUUUGCGCGCCGGAGACAUUGUCAAAGUCACCUAUAUGGACAGAACCGACGUUACUGGUCGAAUCAUCGCGAUAAAGAGGGGCCGCAUGAACUUGGGCUCGAGCUUAUUGUUGAGGACCAAGAUCAACAAGGUCGGGUCCGAGAUUCGGGUCCCUGUUUACAAUCCCAACAUUCGUUUGAUUGAGCGCGUUUAUAAGCCGGAGAAGUAUAUGCGUGCCAGGGCGCACUAUUUCAUUCGGGGCACCAAGUUUGAUGUUGGUGAUGUUGAGGCGUUUGCUAGACGACAGGCUCUCUUGGCGAAGGAAAAGAAAGCUGCUGCUGCUGAAGCCAAAGCUUCUGGGGCGAAUGAAGGUGAAACGGAGAAGAGUAGGGGAGGUGCUGGCGCUGGUGCUAAAUUCAACAGCAAGAACAACACAAGGAAACGUGCUAGAAAGUGA